AUCGACAAACAUUUAUUCAUUUAAAGUGGAAACUUUUAAAUCAAACUGAUCAUUUCAUUUCAGACAAGAUUACGGAGUCGUCUCCCUUGAUCCCACACGAGCAAACAGGAACAGAUUUAGUAGAUAAAAAUAAAGAACACACUAAAGAUUUCCUUGAGCCCUUCAGAAACUUCGAUAAGUAUUUCGUUGAAACAGAAAUAUUCAAGACAACGAAGGCUGUCAUUGAGGAACAUCAUGUUGCUAUUCUUAUUGGACCUCCAGGACAUGGAAAGACAAACACAGCUAUUCAUUUGAUGUUACAUUCAAGUUUUGCUGAUUGGACCAUGCGCAAAAUAAAUCGUUUAUCCGAGUUGGCUUCUAUCGACACGACGGAAAAUACGUUUGUUUUGAUAGAUAACAUUUUUGAUGGAUACGUGUAUGACGAAGAAGUUGCAAAAUGGCGGGAUAGUUUAGGUUUCAAAUUCGUCAAUUUAGCAAAGGAAAAAAAUGUCCAAGUACUCAUCACAGCAAAAGAGGAUGUGAUAGAGAAAGUUUGUAAGUACAUGAAUAACAAAUCAAAUGUCUUUGAUCAGAAGCAUGUCAUUGAUGUAAAGAAUGUGCAAUUAACUGAUUCCGAAAAAAUAGAUAUUUUCGAUAAUCAAAUUAGUUUCGCCAACAAAGAGUUGAGAAUCGACAAACCAGCUAAAAAUGAAAAAUUUCGAAAAGAAAUAGUCGCCGCAGAGGGACCAAUUGGAUUUCCAUUAUGUGCACAUUUAUACGCAUGUGCAGAAAAAAACAGACGUAUGGGAAGUAAUUUUUUUUCACACCCAAUGAAUUAUCUAAGAGAUCUUGUGAAACACGCAAUAAGCGAAGAUCAAACACAUAAGACCAAAACUUUGCUUCUUUUAUUGUAUCUACCUGAAUCAUGUCCAAAAUAUCCAUCGUCUAAAACUAUGAAUUUAUUGGACGAGAAAAUGUGCCAGCAGACACUUGAAACAUUUCUAAAUGAAAAUAAAGAAUUUGACACUUCAGAUCUCGCAACACAAGCAAAGAAGUUGAUUCCAACCAUUUUGAUGCAACUGCAACCUGGGUCGUUUUGCUUCAAACACCAAACUAUUUGCAAUGCGGUUGGAAAUUAUUUUUUUGUUGAACACUUUGAAAUGGCAAGAGAGGCGUUUCCGAUAGAAACUUUUGUAGAUCAAGACUUUUCAACAAUAACUGAAAAGCAAUGUUCUGCAAUUUGUGCUCGUCUUAUUCGUGAAGUAGUUGAAAACGGCAAUGUUUCGAAAGUUUUCUCAUGUAUCGCAUUGACAGAGUCUUCGUUUGCACACAUAUUUUGUUUACAAUUAGAUGCACAAUUUGAUAAACAUGGCGUAUCGUUUAUAAGACAAUUUUUUGCUGCAACCGGUACGCCUUCCUGUCAAUUCAAAUUUCCUGGUACAUUUUGGGUUAGCAAGAACAAAUGCUUCCAUUUGGCGAUGCUUAUGACUGAAAUGAUUCGUAAAAAGAAUAUUGACACGGAUCUUCAUUUUUAUGCAAGCUUAUUUGGGGACUGUUGUGCAAGUGAUGAGAGUUUGCUCAAACACGCCAACAACACAACACUAGAAGAUGUUGAGAAUGCAAAAGAUGCUGUCCUCAGAUGCAUUACUUGUGAUGGAAACAACAUAUUUCACAUAGUCGCCAUGACAGCAAAAUCUGAUUUACAUUCUUGUCGCAGUUUGAAAAAACUGUACGCUGAUUUUCAAGAUCGACAACCCGAAAUGUAUAGCAAAGCUAACAAGAGAGAAGAAACACCUUUGACCUUAACUGCAACAAUUAAAAGUGAUAGCAGGAUUUUGAGUAUUUUAACAUUCUUAGAAUUUGAUGAGACCUGCACCAAUACAAAAGAUAUCGAUGGACAUUAUCCAAUCCACAACACAGCUUUGACUUUGAAAUCCAGUAUUUAUAAUGCAUUGUUUGAAUUAGAAAUGACAGUUCGCUUGUGUUUAUUCAUAGUAUAUGGCACUAAUUCUGAUCACCAGGCAGAGGCCAAAUCAUUACUAGAUAACCAACGUUUUAAGCAUUUUUAUGCAAUGUUGGAAGGUAAAUCUGAGAAACAAAAUGAGAUGGCGAGCAUCAUUGAACAACUUUUAACAGAAAUAAAAAACGAGAAAACAGACACUGAAGAGGGAGACACCGAAGUGCCAAAUCCAAAUAAGAGAAUCAACCACUCCUUGUUUAGCAUGAUACAGAUCUCAGUAUCCUUUCUUGUAAAUGCUAAAUUUGAAAUAUGAAUCUUUUCAGUCUAUCAUAUAUUUUAUUGGGUCAGGAUAUUUCAAAUGCCAGCAAAAUUAAUAACACAAUUCAAAAGAUCUUCGAACGAUAGUAUUGUUUCGCCUACCUUCUUGUUAGUUUUUGAAAUUUAUCAUUUUUAUAUGAUUUUUUAUGUGAAUUUUUAUAGACGUUGAUUUAUUUGACAAAACAAAGAAAUAUAACUAUGAAUUGGGUGAAAAAUACGUAUUUUUCUAUAGAAUUCAAUGGAAAACGGCACAUAUUUUAAAAACAUAUUCCCCCUGUGAAACACAAAUUCCUUUUUACAUGUAUAAUAUAUUUUCAUUUAGAAAAUGUAUACCAAACGUUGUAUUGUUUCACAGGGGAACAUGUGUUUAAAGACCAAAAACACAGCGAAAAUGUUAACUCUUAGAUCAAUUGCAAAUGAGGUUAAACUAUGAAAAAUGAAGAUUAACCAUUUUGGUACUCAAUAAUAUAAAGAAAUGUGACAAAUGAAAUGGCUAUUUAUUUAUAUCAAGAAGGAUUUGAUAAUAUAGGACAUUAUAAAGCGUGAUUUUAAGGAACAUAUUUUCUAUCUUCUAAUCAAAAAGAGUUGUAAUUAAGAGCUAUUAAUUAACACUGGGAUUAAAGUUAAUAAUUAGUUACUAAUGAGUUCUAUUUUGCAUUAAAGGAAUCUCAGAAGUAAAAUUGCAAAGAAUUUUCAAAUAUAUGAGUGGAAACUUUAGGCGGGGAUCCAGAGUUAUAGUGCAUUAUUCUUUAACAAUUUAUCUACUUUACUUGCACCACGAAAUAUCAAUAUCAAUGAAAAAUACUAACCCACUGUCAUCAAAGUUCACAAAGGACAAUUAAAUCAAGUUCCUAUCAAUGUAAUUUUGCGGAGUGAUGCAAUUCUAGGAAGUUCUAUUCUAGAAAGUAAACAGGUUAUUUACAUCAGCUUUCUAGAGAACUUUGGCAAACACAGCUCUAAAAAUAAAUGUCUUUUUCCAGAUUCUCAAUAACUAGGUAAUGUCAAUAUAUAGUACAAAUGUAUAAUUCAACGCCUUCCCCUUAAAAGUUUGAAUGACAUUUUCCAACAUCAAACACCUUAUUGCAGGUACACAAAAUCAAUCAACAGAAAUGAAACUGAAAUACGUGUACAAUAUAUUUGUGAUAUUCUUGACAUCUGCAAUACCAUUGUGUUUGCCGUUGAUAUGCUUUUAAUGAAUAAGUAUCCUAUUCUUGUAACAAUAAACCCCAUCUUGUGAGUGUUUGACUUUUGUUUGUCAGUAUCCUCGCUUCUCACUGUAUCGUGCAUCCCAUUGUACCAUGCUAUUUGUUUUAUUUUCGUCGUUUACGCAUAUGCAGCGCUUCCUUAGCGGUGGGUUAAUUUUGAAAUCAAAACAGGAAAUCACGUUGUUUAAUCAGACAAUAUAUUUUGAAAUAAAGUAUAUGUUAUUAGUAACUUUCAAGACAAUAGACACCGGGCUAUAUCUAAAAAAAGUUUUGUGAUAUGUAAAAACAAGAAUUGGUUGCAUAUUAACAUUCAAAUGAACUUCAAACUUUGUAACAAAGCAAUACACCCUUCCUCAAUGGUAGAAUUAUUUGGUUAACAUUUUGUAAGUUUCUUUGUAAAAAAGAAAUAACUUUAUCAACAUUAUCAUGUUUUUGAAACAGAGCAGCCCUGAUUCAUAUAUUACUAGCAUCAGCAGUAAACUUAAAUACUCAGCAAAAUCUGAGACCAAAAGAGCUGGACUACUCAUAGGGACAGAUUUGAUUUAUUGAUGAAACUGUGUCCUGGAAAAGUCAUAUAGAAUCACUUAUGAACAAGAUUUCCAAGAGAAUUGGCAUUUUAAGAAGAAUAAGAUAUUUUAUGUCAAACGAUGCACUGCUGAAGAUUUUUAAUACUAUGAUUUUUCCACAUUUUACAUAUUGUUGUACUAUAUGGAGCAAUCCAAGAAAUGCUGAAAAUGUGAAUAAGCUUUUUAUAUUGCAAAAACGAGCUGCAAGGGUAAUUCUUAACAUCAGAAAUUUUGAAACAACAUCUAAUGUCAUGUUUACAGAACUUAACUGGUUGCCUCUAUCAGAUUACUUUGUCUGUAGAAAAGUCAUUUUAGUGUAUAAAGUUUUACAUGGUUCAAUGCCAAAUUAUUUAAAUGUUUUUGAAUAUGUAUCAGAAGUCAGUCAGAGGCAAACUAGAAAUUCUUAUUCAAAUAUAUUGUAUAUACCCAGGGCAAAAACAGAAUAUCAUAGAAGAUCUUUCAACAUUUCAGGGAACACAGUGUGGAAUGCCUUGAGUCAAAAUAUAAGAAACUCAACAAGUGUUGUGUGCUUUAAGAGAAAUUAUCUUAGAGAUUAUCAACAUACUUUUUAAGCUUCAUUUUGUUCCUAUUUAUCUUACAUUCAUAAUUAUUUCUUAAGUUUAUAUGUAUUCUACUUCUUUUAAUCUGUGUUUAUUUUACUAAUAUCUGUCUGUAUGUAUGUUAUAUGCAGGACCAUAUUGAAAACUAGCGUUAUCGCUAAAUAUGUAAUCCUGGAUAAAUAAAGGCUUUAUUAUGUUCCCCAAACAAAGUUUGGGAACAUAUUGUUUUUA